AUGUCUUCUAAAAUAUCAAUACCUGUCAAAAAAACAUAUAUGGAAGAACCUUCUAGUUCUAAUGGAGAUUAUGAAAAAUACAGUAAAAUAAUAUUCAUUUCUGAUAGUGACUGUCCUCACUGUGCUAAACAAGGAUGCAAUAUGGUAGCAAGGCAUGGCAAGCUGCAUCUCACAGCUGAUGACGGUAAAACAAAAUUUAUGACCAGAUCAUUUUAUUCUGCUCCAAAAACAUCCUGUGAAUUUCAGCUGACAUUUGCUGUUUUAUUUUCUCAUCCGGAAGGAUGUUUAGAGGAUGAUGUUUUUCUCACUUCAUUACUUCUGGUUGAUCAACCACCUAGACUCCUUGCGGGUUCACGCUUACGUAUUUGUAUGAACGACUUUCUGCGAGGAGAGGAAGGAGUACGUGGAUGGGUUCUGAUAAUAGAGGGGAGAACAGCCGGAAUUUUGGCCUCAGCUAUAGAUGCUGUGAACGAUGUUUGUCCACACCUACGUGUUUGGGAAAGGGCAGCGCGUUUAACAAAUAUUUUCGCUACUGGAGGCAAGUGCACUGCCUAA